AUGGACGAGCAGCAAAAGGCCGAAAAGACCCGUGCCGGGGCAGGUCUUCCCCCGAAACCUCGCAACCCGGCUCUCAAAAUGCUCGGCCUCCCUGCGCUACCCAAGAAGCUCCCCUCACGGAACUGGAUGAUUUUCUGGGCCAUCACAGGCGCCUUCACCACGGCUAUCGUCUACGACAAGCGCGAGAAGAACCGCGCGACCGCGAAAUGGCGCCGCGCCGUCGAGCCCUUGUCCCGCGAGCUGAUCGGCCCUGCCAACGCCCUGCCCCGAAAACUCACCGUCUAUCUGGAGGCACCGCCCGGCGAUGGGCUGCGCGUCGCUCAGGACCAUUUCAUCGAAUAUGUGAAGCCGGUGCUGUCGGCGUCCGGGCUGGACUGGGAGUUUGUCCAGGGGAGGCAGCAGGGCGACGUACGGGCGGCAGUGGCAGAAAAGAUUCGGCGGUCGAGAAUGGCCGAUGAGCGUCCGGGCGAGGAGAUCCCCAAGACGGACGAUUCCAUCGUCGAGGACAUGCGGAAGAAGAUGGGCCUCAGGGAGUAUGAGGGCGUCAAGGGUGAUAUUGUCAUCGGGCGCCAUGCCUGGAAGGAGUAUAUGCGCGGUCUGCACGAGGGCUGGCUCGGUCCUCUGGACGCGCCGCCUCUGCCGGAACCAGAGCCCACCGUAGACACAAAGCCCGACUCCGAGGCUCCUCCAGCCGAUGACGGGGCCGCCGAGAGCAAACCCGAAGAGAAAAAGGAGGAACAAAAGAAGGAAGACAAGCCGUCCCGGCCGCCGCAGCCCCGCCCGCACAACACCACAGACGACUACGACUCCGUCUCUCUCCCCGUCCACAUGCCGUCCGAAUUCUCCCCCUCGGCUACCAUCCCAUUCCCCCAUCGCCUUGGCUUCACCCAGACAUUCGUCCGCCUCGGCCGCUUCCUCAAUCGCCGCAAGCUCGCCGACGACAUCGGCCAGCAGGUAGCGGCUGUCUGUUUCGCCGCCGCCCGCGACUACCGCGAGGCCGACGGCCAGUACGAGCAGCAGCUCCUCCUGGAACAAGAAGAGCGGGACUGGCCCAAGAGCACAUGGAAGGAAGAGGAGCCCGCCACGGAAGAGGACAAGAAAAAGGUUGCUUCCGAACCCAAAAAGGAGAGAAUCUGGGCGAGCCCCAUGGUCAUCGAUGCGCGAAUCGCGCAGCGCAUGAGGCGCUUCGAGAUCCAGCCCCAAGACGAGGAGCGCGCGGCCAAGAUUAUCGUGCCGGAGGAGGAGGUCGAGGGCUGGAUCAAGGGCAGCCUGAGGAGCCUCUGGAGAUGGGGGGCUCGCUCGUGGGAUGAAAAGCCCAAGGGUCCCAACGUCGGCAACUUGGACGAUGACUAG